UAGGCCAGUCGACUGUAGUAUACCGUGGACGUCAGAUCGCGCUCGCGCUACCAUGUGACGGGCCCUUAAGGCAGGCGUCGAAGAUGUCGCCCAGUGUCGGUUUGAUGCCCGCUGGAUUCUCCAUUGUUUUCGCGUUGGUGUUGGUGCUAGUCGGGACUAGUGGGUGCGGUGGUGCGCGCAGGAAGAACGCGUCCUACCAUCACCAAAACAACAUGCGGAUUAGGCCGAUAGUGUCCGACAAGGAGGCAGAUUUGGGUGCCAAAGAGAAAAUCUGCAUCGGGACCAACGGACGUAUGUCGGUGCCUUCGAAUCGCGAACACCACUACAGGAACCUCAAGGACCGUUUCACCAACUGCACGUACGUCGACGGCAACCUCGAGCUCACGUGGUUGCAGGACGCGAACCUAGACCUCAGUUUCCUGCAGUACAUCCGCGAGGUGACCGGCUACGUGCUGAUAUCGCACGUGGACAUCAACAUAGUGCUGCCAAGGCUUCAAAUCAUCCGCGGCAGGACGCUGUUCAAGAUGAGCUUCAACGAGGACGAGUUCGCCCUGGCGAUCACCCUGAACAAGAUGUACCACUUGGAGCUGCCCGCGUUGAGGGACAUCCUCACCGGCAGCGUGGGGAUAAUCAACAACUACAACCUCUGCCACAUCAAGACCAUCGACUGGAACGAGAUCAUCAGCGAUCCGAAAGCAAAGUCUAUGUACGUCUACAACUUCACCUCCGACGAGAGGGAAUGCUCAGCGUGCCACAAGGAUUGCCCGCGUGGAUGCUGGGGUCCUGGGGUCGAGAACUGCCAGCAGUUCUCCAAGCAAACGUGCAGUCCGCAAUGCGAUCAGGGCAGGUGUUUCGGACCCAAUCCCAGAGAGUGUUGCCAUCUUUUCUGCGCCGGAGGAUGCACCGGACCCAGACAAAACGAUUGCAUAGCCUGCAGGAACUUCUACGACGACGGCGUGUGCACGAUGGACUGCCCGCCGAUGCAGAUCUACAACCCGACGACAUACUCGUGGGAAGUGAACCCGAACGGAAAGUACGCGUACGGCGCGACGUGCGUGAAGAAGUGUCCCGAACAUUUGCUAAAGGACAGCGGCGCGUGCGUGCGGACGUGUCCGUUAAACAAGAAAGCGGUAGACGGUGAGUGCGUGUUGUGCGACGGCGCGUGUCCGAAAAGUUGCCGAGGAGACACGACCGUCCAUUCGGGCAACAUCGACAAGUUCCAGGGGUGCACGGUGAUCGAGGGCUCGCUCAGCAUCCUCGAGAAUACUUUCAAAGGUUACCAGCACGUCUAUCCGAACUAUACGUUCGGCGAGAGGUACACGCCGAUCCAUCCGGACAGGCUCGAGGUGUUCAGCACGCUGAAAGAAGUGACGGGAUACCUGAACAUACAGGCGUACCAUCCGGGAUUCAAGAACCUGUCGUACUUCAGGAACCUGGAGGUGAUUCGUGGUCGGGCGCUCUACGAGAUGUCCUCACUAUACAUCGUCAAGACGUCCUUAGAAUCCUUGGAGCUGAAAUCGCUGAAGAAGAUCGACAUGGGCAGCGUUGCCAUUUUAGAGAACAAGCACUUGUGUUUCGCGGGCGGCGUAAACUGGAACAAGAUCAUCAAGAAGCCGUCGUUCGUCGUAUCGAACAACAGCGACAUGAAGACGUGCAAGGAGAAGGGGUUCGUGUGCGACGAGCAGUGCAGCAAGGACGGAUGUUGGGGCUCGGGCCCUACGCAGUGUCUGUCGUGCGCCCACUACAAGCUGGGGGACAAGUGCCUGAAAGACUGCUCCUCCGAACCUGGCAUCUACCGCGCCGAAAACAACGAGUGCAGGCCUUGCCACGAGCAGUGCGGCGAUUCCUGCCACGGUCCGGGAGCGAACAAUUGCACGAGCUGCAGGAACUUCAAGGACGGUCCCUUCUGCGUGGAAUCGUGCCCCUCCAACAAGUACGUCGAGCGUGGCAUAUGCAAGCCUUGUCACAGCACCUGCGUGGACGGCUGCACGGGCCCCAGAAACACAGUGGGACCGAACGGCUGCAUGUCCUGCGAACUGGCAAUCAUGAACGAAAACGCCACCGUCGACGUUUGCCUGCACAAGAACGAUUCCUGCCCGGACGGCUACUACGUAGAAUACGUAGGGCCUCAGAUACAGGAAGAGUCGUUCCUGAGGCUGCUCUCCGGAAAGGCGAUAUGCAGGAAAUGCCACCCCAGAUGCAAGAAGUGCUCCGGUUACGGAUUCCACGAGCUGAUCUGUCAGGAGUGCACGAACUUCAAGAAGGGAGAGCAGUGCGAGGAUGAGUGCGCUAUGGAUCACUAUCCGGACUUCGCGACUCACAUCUGCAUGGCCUGCGACGCCGAGUGUCGAGGGUGCACGGGUCCAGGCCCAGAAAACUGCAUCACUUGCCAAAACUACAAGCUGUACGACGACGGCUGGCUCGAUCCCAACAACACCUUCACGUGCGUGUCGACAUGUCCGCCAGAAUUUCCGCACCGAGUGUACCCGGACAAAUCCGAUUCCUAUUGCUCAGACAAGCCCGAGCCCACGUACGACGGCCUGAUAUCAUCCAGGAGUCCGACAUACGUCGUCAUCCUCAUAGUCUGCACCGUCAUCGGUAUAUUCUUCAUCACGCUCAUCAUCGGGGUGCUGUUCUACUGCCAGCGGAAGCAGAAGAUGAAGGAGAACGAGAUCAAUAAAAUGACGAUGGCCCUGACGGGACUGGAGGAUAACGAGCCCUUACGACCUAGCAACGUGCUGCCCAACGUUGCUCAACUGAAGAUCAUCAAGGAAACGGAGAUCAGGAAGGGAAGCAUAUUGGGUUACGGGGCAUUCGGUACGGUCUACAAGGGCGUUUGGGCCAUGGACGGGGAACACUCGGCCAAAAUACCGGUGGCCAUCAAAGUGCUGCGCUCUGAUACCGGAGCCAACACGAGCAAGGAGUUCUUGUCCGAAGCCUACAUCAUGGCCAGCAUCGAUCAUCCGAACCUGCUGAAGCUGCUGGCAGUCUGCAUGACGUCCGAGAUGAUGCUGAUUACGCAGCUGAUGCCCCUUGGGUGUCUCCUGGACUUUGUGCGAAAAAACCACGAGAGGAUCGGUUCGAAAACCCUCCUCAACUGGUGCACCCAAAUCGCCAGGGGCAUGGCCUAUCUGGAGGAGAAGAGACUGGUCCACAGAGACUUAGCCGCGCGGAACGUGUUGGUGCAAAAACCGAGCUGCGUCAAGAUCACCGACUUCGGUCUGGCUAAACUCCUCGACCUCAACGAGGAGGAGUACAAAGCGGCGGGAGGUAAAAUGCCCAUUAAAUGGCUGGCGUUGGAGUGCAUCCAACAUCGGAUAUUCACCCACAAGUCGGACGUGUGGGCGUUCGGGGUGACCGUUUGGGAACUGCUGACUUUCGGUGGCAGGCCUUACGAGAACGUGCCUGCCAGAGACGUGCCGGAACUGUUGGAGAAAGGGGAACGGUUACCUCAGCCCCAGAUAGCCAGCAUCGACGUCUACAUGAUCAUGAUCAAGUGCUGGAUGCUGGACGCUGAGAGCAGGCCCUGUUUCAAAGAGUUGGAGGACGACUUUUCAAAGAUGGCGACCGAUCCCGGACGGUAUCUGGCCAUACCCGGAGACCGGUUCAUGCGUCUUCAGAAUUACGCGACUUUGCAGAGCGAAAGGGACAUGAUGAGAAGUCUGGCUUCCGACUCCAUCGAGAUAUCCGAGAUCGAGGAACACAUGCAGCCCAAAUCGAGGGCCCCGCUGCACGGCACUGGUUUGACGUCGGCGUCGCCCGCGCCGGACCGCUACUGGCCUUCGAGCUUACAGAUGACGUCGGACGGGAGCGUGUCCAUGUACCCCCACAGCCAGAACCACUUCAACCAGAGACUCCUGAGGUACACCCAGGGGAGGAGGUCGUUCGAGCCCAGCACCGCGUCCGAGUUUUCGAGUGUCCGCUACUGCGAGGACUCGAUCAAGGCGAAAACGGACACCGGCUCGGACGAGUACGAUUCCUCCGUCAAGUCCCAGGCCCAAGUGGGCACUCUGAAGCUCGAGUUGCCUGUAGACGAGGAAGAUUACCUGAUGCCGUCGCCCCAAUGCAACCAGCCCACCUCCACCUACUUGGACGUCAUAGACGUGAAGAACUCGACGGAGUUCUUCAAGAGCAACAUCGACAACCCGGAGUACCUUUUGAACAACGACGUGCCUUGUCAAACUGUCGGACUGCCCAGUUGCCCGGAGUACGAGAACAGCGUGCCGGAGUCUUCCGGGAGGCGUGUUCAGCGCAGCUCGGAGGAGGAGUCGGACCACGAGUGCUACAACGACUUCGACAGACUGAGACGGGAGCUGCAGCCCCUUCAAAAGGGCGCCGACGAGGCCUUAGUGUGAGCAAUCGUUUUUUCCGAGUGGUACAGAGACUUUUUUUCCGGGGGCAAGAUCAUAUAGCUACUAGAUAUAUAUGCACAGACCGAUCUAAAUUGAGUACUCGCCGUCGGUGAGGUACAAGUAGAGAAAGUAAGAAAAACAAUUGAACGUAGCAGAAAACGGGGAGGCUUCUUCAGAACUUGAGUGAAACUGCACAGUUUCGGACAUAAGGCAAUCAAAAUAUGAAAAAAAAAAAACACAUGACCUCAUUUUCGGCCUAAACUAUGCAAAAUUCGAAUAGGAAUUUCUUAAGAGACUGACCUUUAUUUUAACCGAGGAUUACAAAAAUUUGGUGUCGCGGGGGACACUUUUAGGACACCCUGUAUCAACAAAUUAUGUAUUUUAAAUCUUCAGGAGGGUCCAAGAAACUUUUGUAAGAAACUUUUUUUCGUAUUUCCUAGAUCGUAUAGUCGUUUUAUUUGGCACGCGGUGUAUCACGUGACUUCACCAACAGCUCAGUUCAGUUCAGUGAUUUACUACGACGUUGAUAUUUCACUUAUAGUCGAAAUACUUAGGCGGAACACUUUUUAAGUCCUAUCGCCUAUUUUCAUUCAAUAAAAAAUACGAAAACCAUAUUAUCUAAUAGCUAUAUGGGGAAAAUGUUUGACUGACGCGCGGACAGGGAUGAGCGCAUAAAGGGCCUUUUGUACUUGUUUUGGACAAAGGCUGUGGUGAUUUCCCUUCUGAAUUACUAAUCCGUUACUUAACUAGGUUUAUACGUAGGACCUGUCAAAUGUUGACAAUAACGAUGAGUGCCAUUCGGUUUGUUUAUGGCAUGCGUUGAGAGGGGUGUUUUUUUAAUUUUUUUUUAUCAAAUUUCUGACAUAUUUUUUAUACAGUGCGUAUUUUUUAUACGACAUGCAUAUAUACAAUUUUCGCAAAGCCGCUUAAAAAAAACACCCCGUAUAUUUGUACAUAUUAUACAUUAUUAUUCUUAUACAGGGUGGUCUGACUAUCUCGUGUCGACGAAAUGCAUCAAUUUUUUUAAAAUGCGCCACAGUAUAGACUACUAGCCUACUGGACGUACGUAUUUCAAUAAUCCGAAUUUUAGUGUGAGUAUAUACGUGCACUUUUCUGUGCACCAAGUUUAGUUGAGAAUAAUUUUUUAUCUAAUGUGAUUUUUCAUUUUAAAAAGUUCGAAAUUCAAUUCUGAGCAAAAAAUAUUAUUUUUUAGAUAUAAUAACGGAAUAACUGUUUCCGUAAUAAUUAUUGAGGACCAUCACUAGCAAAAAUUUACAUGCUUAUGAAAAUUUGAGCACAAUUCUUUUUUGAACUAAAAAAAACAUUUAUUUUUUCUUUGGUUUAUUACUGUUUAUUUAACAGUUCUUCGGGGAUAAUUAUCGGUAUUCCAUUUCACGCUAAAAAAUAGAAAAAAAUGCAAAGGAUUGCGGUCGGGCGAUCUAGGUGGCCAAUUAUCCCGUACAGUCAAAUUUAACGGUGAAAACUCCCUACUAGACUGCAAGAUCCAAAUUGUUUUCGUAAAUAUGAUAAAGACACUGCUUACCCAUGGCAAAAUAUUUUAUUGGUGAGUAAUUCCUGUAUAAUCUUGCUUCCAAAUUCUCUACCGGUAUUGAGUGUCUCUUCGUUUUAGAUAUGGCGUAUGCUAAACAAAACUUGUUCAGAAUUUUAUUAAGAAUCGAAAAAUGCAUGGUGUUCCAUUUAAAAUAACAAACUUGAUAUUGACCCCGAUAGUAUGGCACACCGUGUAUAUUCGAAAAUACUUUUAAAAGGUGCACUAGCUACACAUAUAAGCACAUAUCAAAAUUCGGAAUAUUAAAAUAAGUCCUUUUUUUUUACCGUAAUUUUCAAACCGCAAUAGACUCACAUUUCUCACAACACUUUCAAGCAACGAGCGUUUUUUGAUGCGAAAUAUUUUUUAAAAUACCACUAGUGACGUGCGUGCCAAAAUUUGUGGGGAAUAACGAUUCUACUAUUCUAUUCGAGGCUGGUAACUAAUAGUAAAUGAAAGUAAAUAAUUUUCAAAAAAACAAAAAUAUUCAAUGUACAGAAAUUAGAUUUCAUCUCCUUUUUCCUCGAUCUUAAACUUAUAGGAAGGUAGUUGCUAUAUAUACACUUUUUCAUAUGCCAUUCUACCAUUAAUUUCUUUCUGGUCUCUCCAGUGACAUUAUUAGUCUGUUAGUCCAAACAAGAUGACAAUAUUUUGAUGAUUACGGCUUAUUUUUUUAUUUCAGCUUUAUCUGUUCCAAUGUUUACCAUCACCUCAUCUGUAACAAUCAAAGACCAACCGAACCGAAAACCGAAAACUUUUCAUAGUAAGCCUUAGGCUUUUUUGGCCAAUUCCUUUUUUUUUUCCUGAGACUCUCAAUCCUUUAAAGGAACUUCCUGGUGUGUUUUCUAUGGCAUUGAUCUGAAUGUUCUCAUUUCUGUUCUAAGUAUUCUUUUCGUUUGUGCUGUGUGUGCCAGUUUUACGUACUUUGUUUUAGUUGUCCGGAUAUUUCUUUCGUCAGAUAUUCGAACCAACUUGCGAUAAAUAUAUGAAAAUAAAAAAAAUAUUCCACACAAAUUCUCCUGUUUUAAAACAGGACAGUAAUUUUUUCAGAAAAAUAUUUUGCAUCGCAUCGCUUGAAACAGGUGAACAAAAUAUCGGUGUAUAUUUAGUGCAUAAAUCUCGUAACACCCUAUAUAUUAUAACUGGUCCUGGCAAAAGGGGGGCCACCCUGUACCGUUGUGUAAAUAUUGUGGGCGUAAAAAGUUUGGGCGAAGAGUUUGAGCCGAUCCUAGAUGUUCUUGCCCGACCUUGUCGACUGUGAUACAUUAAUUUUUUUUUAUAGAAACAUACCUAUCGUAGUUAUAUAUAUAUAUACGCGGAGAAUGAGCAACAUAUUAUUAUGGAAAGGCUAUUUUUAACGUUUAGUUGAUUUGUUUUUAAGGUUUAAUUCGUAGUGGUUUGAAUCUCGGUUGAAAUGUCAUCCCCUACACUCGGUUUAUUGUUAAUAUAUAUAUAUACAUAUAUAUAUAUAUAUAUAUAUAUAUAUAUAUAUAUAUAUAUAUAUAUAUAUAUAUAUAUAUAUAUAUAUAUAUAUAUAUAUAUAUAUAUAUAUAUAUAUAUAUAUAUAUAUAUAUAUAUAAUACAUUUUUUAAUUCUGUCAAAUCCAUUGUUAAUAUUCGCACUAAACCCGUGCCAUUUUUGUACAUGAACAGCAAGUGCCUUUGUUGUAUAUUCGUCAAAUUUCGCUCGAAUAAUUUAUACGGUUUUUAAUAAAACAUUAAUAAUUGA